UCGCAGCGAAUGGCCGGCAAGCUGCGCUACAUGGACUCGCGACUGGAUGAACAGGAGCGCGGCAUCACCAUGAAGUGCUCCUCCAUUUCGCUCGUCUACAAACAGCCAGGCAGCACCAAGUCCUACCUGAUCAAUGUAAUCGACAGUCCCGGCCACGUCGACUUCUUCGGCGAGGUGUCCACCGCGCUGCGCCUCUGCGACGGCUGCCUCAUCCUCGUCGAUGUCAUCGAGGGCGCCUGCUCGCAGACGCGGGCCGCCCUGCAGCAGGCCUGGCUUGCUCGUGUUCGCCCCAUUCUGGUGCUGAACAAGAUCGACCGCCUUUUCCUCGAGCGCCAGCUACCUCCGCUGGACAUCUACACACACCUGGUGCAAACGCUGGAGCAGGUGAACGCCUUCGUCGGCGAGCUCUUUGCCGCCGAGGUGCUCGCCAAGUCGGGCGCCACAUCAACAACAAACUGGUCCUCCGGCCUGGACGACGCCGACGACUCCUCCGUCUACUUCUCUCCGGAAAACGGCAACGUCCUCUUCGCCAGCGCCAUCGACGGCUGGGGCUUCACUGUGGCCGAUUUCGCGGCCGUCCUCUCCCGCUCCAAACUGGGCCUUAGCGAGGCGGUGCUGAAGAAGACCCUCUGGGGCGACUACUACCUGAACGCCAAGGAGAAGCGCAUCAUGAAGGGGGCGCAGGCAAAGGCGAAGAAGCCGCUCUUUGUGACGCUCGUCCUGGAGAACCUGGCGCGCAUCUACGCCAGCUUUACCGCCCCAAGUUCAGCAGCCAAAGCGGAAAAGGCCGCCGAGAUGGCGAAGAUUGCCGAGCAGCUGGGCGUGAAGCUGACCGGAAGGGACCUGAACCACGCCGACCCACGGACCGCCCUCACCGCCCUCUUCUCUCAGUGGACGCCCCUUUCGGCGGCCCUCCUCCGGGCGGUCACCGCCGUCGUCCCGUGUCCGGCGGAGCUGCCCGUCGAGCGUGUAGAGCGAAUGUUGCUCUGCUCGAGCGGUGGAAGCGUUCGACCCUUUAGUUCAUUGCCGCCGGAGACACAGGCGCUGAAGGGGGCGUUGCUUGCCUGUCAGCCUUCGCCGCCGCCAUCAUCAUCAGAAACAUCAUCAUCAGCAGCAGUUCCGCCGCUUAUCGUCGUCGUCUCGAAGAUGUUUGCCUUUGAGCGGCGGCAGCUGCCGCAGUAUCGCCAGCGGCCGCUCACCGCCGAGGAGAUUGCCCGCCGGAGGGAGAAGCUGAAGGAGGAGAAGGAGAAGAGGUUGCAGCAACUUCAGCAAGGUAGUCCUGAGGAGCAAAGCAGCACAACAAAAGCUGAAAAAGAGGAAGAGGAUGACACAGCCAACACCAGCUCCAACACCGUCUUCAUCGGCUUUGCGCGCGUCUUCAGCGGCACACUGCGCACCGGCGACCUGGUCACGCCACCCGGGCCCGCGUCGGCGCGCUGUACCUNCGGCACACUGCGCACCGGCGACCUGGUGUACGUGCUGGGGCCGAAGCACGACCCCAGCCGACUGACGCCCGCCGCCUUGGAGACCCUGGCGACCACAACCGCCUCCCUAGCGGACCUGCCCGCCGACCAGCACGCCACCCGGGCCCGCGUCGGCGCGCUGUACCUGCUGAUGGGCCGCGACCUGGAGGCGGUGGAGGAGGUCGCCGCCGGGCACAUCUGCGGCAUUGGCGGCCUGGAGGGGGCGGUCAUCAAGUCGGCGACGCUCUCCUCGACGCCGUACGCUGUGCCGCUGGCCGAGGGUGACGCCGGGCACCCCUUUUCCACUACGGGCGGCAUUCCCAUCCUGCGGGUGGCGGUGGAGCCGAAGAACCCGGCGGAUAUGGCGGCGCUGACGAGGGCGCUGAAGAUGCUCAACCAGGCGGACGCCUGCGUCGACGUGAAGAUUCAGGAGACGGGGGAGCACGUCAUCGUGGCCACCGGGGAGGUGCACCUGGAGCGGUGCAUCGUCGACCUGGUGCACUUUCUUCGGAAAAAUGGUGAUAAGGAGGGUGACGGGGAGCAGGAGGAGGAGGAGGUGGAGUUUAUCGUCUCCGAGCCGAUUGUGCCCUUCCGCGAGACGAUCAUCAGCCCGCCCAAGGUGGACAUGCUCAAGGAGAGCCUGGCGGAGCAGAAGAUUGUCCUCACCAGUGUUAAUCAGAAGUUUGCCACUUCGGUUUUGGGUGGUGGAGACGAGAAGUCUGCAUCAACAACUGCUGCUACCUCCUCUUCAACUACUUCAACCACAGCUGCUGCUGCUAAUGCAUCACCGGGCCUAAUUGAACUGCUGACGCCUAACAAGAAGGUAGCGUUUCAGAUUCGCGCCCGCCCCCUUCCCGAGGCGGUCAUCUCAGUGCUCGAAUUGAGUCAGAAGCUGCUGCUGGAGAUGAUGCAGUUUCAGCGGAGGAAGGUGCUGCAGAAUACACCCACCAACACCCACCAACUAAACCUCGAAAAGGAGCAGCAAAACGACUACUUUAGCGCCGAGGCGCAGGCGGCCAUGCAGCAGCUGAGGACCAAGUUGGAGGCCAGCUUUAAAGAGGCGGGGGAAGAAGGUGGUGGGGGUAGUGAUGCCUGGCCCGAAGACACCGUCCAGCGCAUCUGGUCCAUUGGGCCGAAGUUUUGCGGUGCCAAUCUGCUGAUCAACCGCCUGGAGGACUUUCAGCACCAGCCGUGCUUUCUCUCUAAAAAUGGUGCUGAAAGGGAACUUCUGGAACAGAAGGGAAAAAGCGGCUUUUCAGUGGAUCAGCGGUACCAGUUUGAGAACAGCUUCAUCAACGGCUUUCAACUGUGCACGCAGGCAGGUCCGCUCUGCGAUGAGCCGAUGAUGGGCGUCGCUUUUGAGGUGGAGCAGUGGAAGUUUGUGGGAGGUGAUGGUGAAG